CAGUAAAACAAGAAGUAGAGAGUGGGGCCGUUACUGUGAAAGAAGAGGAGGACGCGUUCAGAGUGAAAGAGGAGGAUGAUGUUACAGUGAAAGGAGAGGAAGAUGCAGUUUAUGGCGCGAAAGAGGAGGGGGAGGAGAUGACUGUUACAUCGAAAAAGGAGGAAGAGGAGGAACCUGGAUAUCUGGUUCCGGUUUCCCAAACGCAUCUUAAGGCAUCCAAUGGUUCAAACGAAGAAUUUAGCCAUAACAUGGUUUUGAGAAACCGUUCCCUGAUUAACACUAGAGAGAUACGGGACUAUCGUGGAUCCUCUGGGGAGCCUCAACAACCUCAUGAUGCUGAGGAGACAGAGAAGAGUCUCUCCAGAUCAGAACACCUCAAUAAACACCCGCAGAGACCCACAGGGAAGAGAACUCACUGCUGCUCUGACUGUGGGAAGAGAUUCACAUCAUCAGGCAUUAAAAUUCAUCAGAGAACACACACAGGAGAGAAAUCUUAUAGCUGUGAUCAAUGUGGGAAGAGAUUUACUUCAUCUGGAGAUCUGACAGUGCACAAGAGAACACACACAGGAGAGAAACCUUAUAGCUGUGAUCAAUGUGGGAAGAUAUUUGCUACAUCUGGAAAACUGACUCUACACCAGAGAACACACACAGGAGAGAAACCUUAUAGCUGUGAUCAAUGUGGGAAGAGAUUUACUCAGUCAAACAGCCUGAUAUACCACCAGAGAAUACACACAGGAGAGAAACCUUAUAGCUGUGGUCAAUGUGGGAAGAGGUUUUGUCAAUCUGGCCAUCUGACUCAACACCAGAGAACACACACAGGAGAGAAAUCAUAUAGCUGUGGUCAAUGUGGGGAGAGGUUUCGUCAAUCUGGCAAUCUGACUCAACACCAGAGAAUACACAGUAUUGAAAUCUCAUAGCUGUGACCAGAGAUAAUCUGAUAAAAGAUCUGAUCAAAUAUUAGAAAAAACAUACAGGAAGAAGUUGUUUCAUGAUUUCAAUGAAUUAAUGUCACAAUGUAGAAUUUUUUAACAUUGUAGUAGGAGUAUUGUAAUGAUUUCACAAUGUAGAAGCCUAAACGUGUGCCCACUUAUGAAUUGAUAUCAACAUGUAAUGGAUAUUAGCCUCAGGGGAAAAAUCCAGGCUCUGAAAUGGAAGAGUACUAUUUAUGUGAUUUAACAAAAAUUGAUAAACAAAUCAAAUUAAUUUAUAAAGCCCUUCUGAUAUCAGCUGAUAUCUCAAAGUGCUGUACAGAAACCCAGCCUAAAACCCCAAACAGCAAGCAAUGCAGGUGUAGAAGCACGGUGGCUAGGA